AUGUUUUUCAGUGCAAAACCCAAGACUCCACCGUUAGAUUACCCAUACACAUGCCAGCAGGCGUCACCGACGACCCAGUCGAAGUUCAAACAUGAAUACAACAAGGCAUCGUUCACGUGUGUUAAAUGGGGCGCAGGUGGACCCGAAACCAAGGCCCGAGUGCUGAUAGUGCAUGGUUUCGGCGAACACACGCAGUUGUAUGCACGGUUCAUGGAUCAAUUGAGUAGCGUUGGAGUUGAAUCGUUCGUUUACGACCAACGUGGAUCCGGUGAGACCGCGGGCACGCGUGCCCGCGGUCUCACGAACGAAUUCCAUACGUUCGACGAUCUGGACCAUUUCAUUGACUGGAAUCUACACGACAAGGCUUCGCAGGUGCCAUUGUUUCUGUUCGGUCAUUCCAUGGGCGGCGGGAUUUCGCUGAACUACGGGUGCGACGGCAAAUUCCGCGACCAAAUCGCAGGCAUAAUGGUAACGGGACCGUUGAUCCUGAUGCAUCGGCACUCCGCUCCGAGCGCGGUGGUCGACUUUCUGUCGCCGUUGCUGGCUGCGGCGUUGCCGGGGCUUCGAAUCGACACGGCGCUGGAUAUCGAUGCCACGACCUCGGAUCCCGCGUUCCGCGAGUAUCUGGAACACGAUCCACUCACGGUUCCGCUGCUGGGAUCACUGCGCCAGAUUUACGACUUUUUGUCACGCGGGAAACGUCUGGUGCGCGACAAGCAACGUACGGCGCGGUUCCAAACCCCAGUCUUGUUGAUGCACGGGGAACGGGAUCAGAUUACGGAUCCGGCCGGGUCUCGUCAAUUCUACGAGCUAUGUGGGUCGCGUGACAAGACUAUAAAGACCUACAAGGACGCCUGCCAUUCGUUGUGCCUUGAGCGUGACGAGACGUUCCAAAGAAUGUCUACCGAUGCCACCGAAUGGCUAAGAGCGCGUUGUGACGGAGACGUCGCGGAGACGUAA